UUACAACAAACUCUACAAGUAAAAAGUCUUAAUGAAAACUGAACAAGUCUUAUCUGCUGUUCUUUCCUGCGAUAAGAGAAGCGUGCACCAUAGUUAGAGAAAUGAGAUCACUUCACAUUCGUUUUUAACAGGAUUCUAAAAGACAAACAGACCAAGCUAGUUCCGAGUGUCGAGAAUGUCACUGCUCUACGUAUUACUGCUGUGUUUACCCGCAAUGACGUAUGCCGUAGAUUUCAAACCUUAUAAUCUGACGGCCACCCUUAUGUUCCUGGACAUAGAUAAAGACAUCAAUGGCAUCAUAGACAGAAACGAGAUCGACUUGUCUUUCAGGCACUUUGACACCAACAACAAUGGAAGAAUCAGCAGACUUGAAUACACAGCAUACGUUACCACCAACGAACCAACGCUGAGCCCUGUAGCGCACGCACUUUACGACGUCUACGACGUAGACAAUGAUGACCAGCUUGACCACCACGAUUUCGACAAUUUCUUUGCUCUUAUGGACAGUGAUGGCGAUCACCGAGUCACCCAUUUUGAGUUUGUCCGCUAUUGGACAAUCUUACUAGCAGACCUCGAACACCUUGGCAAUGCAUAACGAACUCUCUAGAUGAAAAAACUAUCAAACAUUUAGACUCUGUACUGAAAGCUGCUGCUACUUCAUUGAGCACUUCAGACAUCUUGGUAUUCACAUUCAAACAGAAAUACUUGGGAAAAAAUGCGUUUCGUUUAAAAAUAAAUGAUUAAUAUGUAGCUAUCA